AUGUUGACUUGCUUUGAUAUAGUACCUACAUUUCCAUACUUAAAAGAUCAAAUUGUUGGUCCUGAUCAUCAAAUAAUUUCAUGUAAUCGUAUUGAAGUGUUGGAUUCAUGGUUAAAUGAUUGGUUAAUUUUAGGCAAAAGAGUCUAUAGAAUUUUAAGCCUAUGGAUCGCUUAUCAAUAUCAAUAUAGAAAGGGAUUAUUCUUAACUUGGUUAGAAAAACGAAAAGAAAAAUCAAUGCAACAAAGUAAGGUGGUAAAUGAUAAUAAGAACAUUAAAGAAGAUACAACUAAUAAUGUUAAAAUAGUUGUAUUUGAACAGCAAAUUAUAAUUUAA